AUGGUGUACCUUGAGGUACAAACCGACGAUGGUGACGCCCAAAGAGAGUUUCACCUUGAUGUACGACCACGUAAGGAGUAUGUAGAACGCAGUGCGAGUACUAAGUCAGGUAUACCGCUGAACGUUAUGAUGGUGGGCAUGGAUUCCACGUCACACGCGCAUUUUCAUAGGAAACUGGGAGCAGUCUAUGAGUAUUUGAGGGACGAGCUACACUCGGUCAUAUUCAAUGGACAUUCGAUUGUUGGUGAUGGCACCACUGAGAAUGUCGUAGGGAUGCUUGUUGGUCGUUUUCUAGAUGAAUUGCCUGAAGGCCGAAAAGGGAGGCCUGGUGCCGAGUGUAUCGACCGCUGGCCACUAAUAUUUAAAGACAUGCGAGAACAUGGCUACGUAACAUACUAUAGUGAAGACGAGGUUUGGAACGGUGCGAUUACGGCACGACUUAAAGGUUUUUGUAAACCACCCAUUGAUCAUUACUUACUGCCAUUAUGGUAUGCAGGCCUGAACAAAAUGACAUCGAUGUUUAGAAAAGUGGUAGAGAAAGGCACGUAUAUUAAGGGUCACUGCCUGGGCUCUCAAGCGAUAUACAACGUUAGUUUUGACGCUGUUCAAAGCUUCCUUGACGCUUACCCCAACACGCCAAAAUUCGGGUUUCAAUUCAAUGCAGAUUUUUGCCAUCACGAAUCUUUUAAUUUUAUUUCGCUGGUCGAAGAUAGGCUGUUCAAUUUUCUCAAGCAUUUGAAAGAUAAGAAUUAUCUUAAUAAUACUUUGUUAAUUUUAUUUGGAGAUCACGGACUUCGCUACGGUUUUGUCCGUUCCAGUAUUCUUGGCCGGAUGGAAGAGAGAUUACCUUUUCUGUCUAUGACUUUCCCGCCUUGGUUCCAGGCCUCUUAUCCCGAAAUCUAUGCGAACUUACGAAGGAACGCCGAAGUUCUUACCUCGCAUUUCGAUAUCCACGCCACCCUUCGGCAUCUUUUGACGUACCCGAAAGAGCCGCAGGGUUUGCCUCACGGGAGAAGUUUAUUCACAGACAUAGGCUGGAGAACCUGCGAACAGGCGGGGAUACCAUUUCAUUACUGCCCGUGUUUAGACUGGGAUACAGUUAGUGCUGACCACAAAGAUGUGCAGAUGAGCGGGCUCACUGUCGUCAGCAAAAUUAACCGCAUGCUGAAAGAAAGUGGCAUCGACCAAAAAUGCGCAACUUUAAAACUGGGAAAAGUUAAAUCAGCAAUUUUAAUAAAGUCGAAAAUCGGAGGAAAUGAAGAAAGUGGCGCAACAAAUGUCCUGAAGGGUGGUUGCAUGUAUCAACUUCAAGUUGAGACAACGCCAAAUAACGGCCUCUACGAAGCGACGGUACAAAUAAUCUUCGGGGAACCUCAUGUUAAUCCUCAAAUAAGCAGAAUCAACCAGUAUGGAAAUGCAGCGAAUUGUAUUAGGUCUACACAACCAUUACUCAGGAGAUUCUGCUACUGCAUAUGA